AGCUUCAGCAUCCAUCUGUAGCAAUUAAACCUAAAGAUUAGACAUAUGGAAAAUGAUAUCAGUGAAAAUUGGAUUUGCUUCGAAAGAAAAAGACAAAAACGGAGUACAAAAAUGCCAAGCAUUUAUACUUAACCAAAUUGCCGCGUCACAAGGAUCUACUGACUUUACCGCAUUGUGGGACAACUCACCUUUUUUCAAGAUCAAUGACCUUGGUCGCAGUGGAGUUAUCAGCAAACAUUUGCAAAGUGAGGGAGUUUUACCAGAAGUUGUAUCCAUUAUCUUGCAAUCUUGGAAAGCUGGAACAAGAAAACAGUAUUCUUUGGCCUGGGGAAAAUGGUGUGUUUGGUGUGAAAGGGUGAAAUGCAGUUGAACUCAACUGGUCUAUCACACCAUUGUCCAAUGUGAAGGAAAAGAAAGAAGUUGCUCUUCAAGAAUUCAUUGGCAGUGUUAUUUGUUGUUCAAUUAAAGCAUCAAUUAAAUGUAUCAGGUG